AUGGCGGAAGCGAUGUUGGAGACGGACAGCAUCAGCUACAAUGGUGGGAUCGUCGCGUGCGGAAAGUGCGGGCAUUGGCAGCGGGCUUUGGCACUCUUCAGCGAGAUGUCGGAGGUGCAAUUGGAUCCCAGCGCCAUCUGCUACAGUUCUGUGAUCAACGCAUGCGAGCCAGGAGAACAGUGGCAGCAGGCUCUUUCGUUCCUUGGGGAAACGCGCUGGAGGAAAUUGGAUGUGAAUGUCCAUGCGUACGGAAUUGUAGCCUGCAUGUGCGAGCAAAGCGGUCAGCGGAAGCAGGCGUUGUCGUCGCUCAGGGCGUUGAGCGAGAUUGUAACGGAGUAA